CACACACACACAUAGCUCGCAGCUAACUUGGCAAGUGGACAUGUCUGCGUCUACUAAACUGGAGCAGCACUCCAAGCCCAUACUGAGUCCAACACGAUCCCUUGAUGAAGGUUUUGAAAGUGAUCCGGAUCGGGUUUCAACCGAUUCAGAGCAUCAAAUAAAUAACAGCAACAACAACAGCAAUAACAAUGCCAGCAAGCUGGCUCAGCUCAGUUCAGCGGCAACGGGCGGUGCCAGCAACAACAACAGCAGCAGCAGCAACAACAGCAGCAGCAACAGCAGCAGCAACAACAGCAACAGUAGCAACAACAAUAGCAACCUGACAGAGAAACGCGGCGCACUUAGCUUGGCCGCGCCGCAGUUGCAGCGUCGCGAUUACUACAAGGAACAACAACAACAGCAUCAGCAUCAGCAGCAGCAGCGCCUGCAAUAUCAAAAGCAACGCCAGCCGAUGGUUGCCAGCGCCGCUGCUACCAUUCACAAUCAUCGCUUGACCAGCGGCGUAAGCGUUGGCGCCGGCGCAUCAGCGGCUGCGGCAGCUGGAUAUCGGCGCGGUCGUCGCCUGCAUGUGACGCCGCCUGCGCGUCACGCGAUGCGCUCCCAUUCAGUGGACGCGAUUGCCAGGCAGCGUCAUGGCUACGAUCCGAGCAGUCUUAUCCUUAAGCACGAUGGCAACGGCAAUGUGAGCAGCUGCAGUAGCAGCAGCGUUGGCGUCGGAGUCGGCGUCGGCGGUGGCGGCAGCGCCAACAGUCGCAUGCUCAACUACAAGAGCGGCGCAUCGAGCGCAGGCUCUGCGGCAGCGGCAGCAGCAGCCGCAGCAGCAGCCGCGGCUGGGCAGCCAGCGUUGCUCGUGCAGCCCAUCUCGAGCGCCACGCUAUCGCCGCUGGCGGGCGUCGGGGUGGACGGCGUGGGUGUGGAGGGAAAUGGCAAUGCCUCGCCCGUUAUUGCUUCUGCCACGCACAGCCUGUACACCUUCUACCCGGCCGAGGGCAACCUGCAGGUCUGGCAGACCGAGUGCGGGGAUCUGACCUACAAAUCGUCUAGGAAUAUGCAUCAGCUACACAAGGCGCCCGUAUGCUGGACGCAGUCCAUACCCAGGCAGGCAAGACGGUACAUUACGCCAGCCGCCGCAGCAACAACAACAACACAGGCCGUAAGCACAAAUUGCAGCUCAACGGGCGGCACAAGUCUGGCGGUUUAUCCAACAGCCACGGCACAGGUGUAUCGCUCCAACAACGGACUCGAUGUCCUCGACUGCGCCGGCCUGGAGCAUCAUAGUGGAGCAACAGGAACAGCAACCGGCAGCAAUUCCAGUGGCAGCGGCUUUUCCCAGCGACUACGUGAGUUGGCCGCCUCCGCUGGAUUGCUGUCACUGAAGCCACGCCAGCCGCUGAAGCCUGUGAUUAAGACGCGAGGCUCGCCGGGUCCCGAGUUUCCCAAGAAGGUCACCUUCAGCGCCUUCGCCACGGUGCAGGUGGUGUGACUUUCCAACACUGAGCCUGGCAGUAGCGUGUUGGGGACGCAGGCACUAUAUAGCUAGGUGGCGCGUGUCUUGCAUUGUUAACCAUUAUUGUUGUUUUGUUGCUGUUAUUAAAUGUUUAGCAUUAAUAUGGAUCGACAUCUGGCAGACUUGGAGAAAAUAUUCCUUAAGUUAGAUUUAUGUUUGUGCCAUGUCUUUGGCUUCAAUCUGUUAUGAAAUAUGUACCAAUAUAUGUAUGCACCAUAGCUGAAAAUACCUCAAAGACCCUACAACCAUCUUAAAUUUGAAUAUCCAGCACAAUCUUUAAAUCAAUCAAUUGCACCAACUUCCUCUCUCUUUCAAUGUUUUAAAUGCUUUUCCUGGAAGACUGACAUUCUUUUCGAUUCGCAGUUCCUUUCAAUAUGUAUUUCACUAUUCACAACUUUAUUUUCCUAAAUCCUCAAACAGUAUUUUCCCAUCUUUGUAUUUCUUGGCAAUACUAAAUUGUAAUCAUAAUCCCAAAUUGAUGACUACACACAAAAAUUCUAAUAUUUUCUAUCGAAUUGUAAAUAUGUAUGAAUUUUUGCAUAGUCAUAAAUGUAUAUGUGGCGUUUAUAUGUGUAAUGUGUAAGUCUGCUUGAGUGUAUUUGUAUAUAUACCAGAACUUUACAUAUGUAUUGUAGAAAACACGAUAUAAGAGUAAAAUGAAAGAUA